AUGCUGAGCGGCGACGCCACGGAGCAGACCCCGCCGGACCUGCCGUCCUACCUGUUCAAGGAGCGCAUCGUGUACCUGGGCAUGUCCCUCGUGCCAUCGGUCACCGAGCUGAUGCUCGCCGAGCUGCUCUACCUCCAGUACGACAGCCCGACCAAGCCCAUCUCCAUGUAUAUCAACUCCACGGGGGUCACGCGGGGUGGGGAGCGCCUCGGCUACGAGACGGAGGCGUUUGCGAUCUACGACACGAUGCGCUUCAUCAAGCCGCCCGUCAACACGGUGGCGGUGGGGAGCGCGUUCGGCGAGGCGGCGAUGCUGCUGUCCGCGGGCGAGAAGGGCCACCGCGCGGCGCUGCCGAGCGCGACGGUGAUGAUCCGGCAGCCGAUGAACCGGUUCGUGCGGCAAGGCGGCAUGCAGGCCUCCGACCUGGACAUCUACCGGCGCGAGAUGCGGCGCAUCACGGACGAGGUCGUGGACCUGCUGUCGGAGCACACGGGCCACUCGUCGGAGAAGAUCGCCAAGGACAUCCUGCGCCCGAAGUACUUCAACCCGUGGGAGGCCGUCGAGUACGGCAUCAUCGACCGCGUGCUCACGCCCGACGACGACGUCAUCGCCGCCGUCGUGCAGAAGUCGCGCGGGUCCUACAACACCGAGCUCUGA